AGCCGCCCGCCCGCCAGCCUCCAGCCCAGCAGCCGCCCGAGCUUGGGAGGGAGCCCGCUCGCGACCCCGCGAGCGCCUGAUUCCCGGGGAACAGCCACCUGCAGCAGCAGCCUCUCCAGCCACUACCGCCGCCGCCGCGUGGCGGGGAGCACCAGGGCAAGGCCCGCUUGCCUGGUUAAGCCGAAGACCCAGCUGCACCUGGUUUCAGCCUCCUGGGCCAGGCUAGUGUCGAGAGGCUUCGGAAGAACUCGUUGUUAUAGAAAUAUAGCUGUAAACUGUGCCUGAGAAGUACUAAGAAGCCAGCCAGCACAAGAGGAAAGAAGUAGGAAGGUGGUCCUGUGACAGAAGAUGAGCAGCACCAGUACAAGAUCCAACUGCCUGACCCAGCCAGUAGUGAAGAGCGUGCUGGUGUAUCGCAAUGGGGACCCCUUCUUUGCUGGACGCAGAGUGGUCAUCCAUGAGAAAAAGGUGUCCAGUUUUGAUGUCUUUCUGAAGGAGGUGACAGGUGGGGUUCAGGCCCCCUUUGGAGCUGUCCGAAACAUCUAUACCCCUCGGGCAGGCCACCGAAUCCGGAAGCUAGACCAGAUUCAGAGUGGGGGGAACUACGUGGCAGGGGGCCUGGAAGCCUUCAAGAAACUCAACUACCUGGACAUAGGAGAACCGAAGAAGAGAUCAAUGGAAGUUGUUAAUUCAGAGGUAAAACCUGUAAUCCACAGUAGGAUCAACGUAUCAGCACGCUUCAGGAAACCACUUCAGGAGCCCUGUACCAUCUUCUUGAUUGCUAAUGGAGACCUUAUAAGCCCAGCGUCACGCCUCUUCAUCCCUAGAAAAGCUUUGAGUCAAUGGGAUCUUGUACUUGAAAUGGUCACAGAGAAAAUAACUUUAAGGAGCGGAGCUGUGCAUAGACUUUAUACUUUAGAAGGAAAACUUGUCCAAAGUGGGUCAGAGUUGGAGAAUGGACAGUUUUAUGUAGCAGUUGGCAGAGACAAGUUUAAGAAAUUGCCGUACAGUGAUUUACUUUUUGAUAAAUCAGCAAUGAGAAGGCCUUAUGGUCAGAAAGCCUCUUCACUACCUCCUAUUGUUGGAUCCAGAAAAUCUAAAGGGAGUGGAAAUGAUCGUCAGUCUAAGUCAACUAUCGGUUCCAGUGACAACUCAUCCCCUCUGCCUCCGAAGAGAAGGGGAAAGAAGGAGGAAGUUUCGAAUUCAGAAAAACCUGGUAAAGUGAAACAAAAUACAAACCCAAAGACUCCACCAACUGUGGUAACGCCACCAAACAAUGAUGAAGGCAUUUUCAAAGCGGGAGUAGAGAGAUCUGAAAUGGAGGGGGCAGCAGAAGUACAAGAAGAUGAAGACACUCAAGUUGAGAUUCCAGUCGAUCAGAGGCCAGCAGAAAUAAUAGAUGAGGAAGAAGGUGGAGAGAAAGAAAAUGAGGAUAUAGAAGAAGAGAAGGAAGAUGAGAAAGAAGAUUUAUCAAAAGUAAAUGGUGAUGUUGAAGAAAAAGAAGUUGAAGAAAGUCCUGAACACGGGAAUGUUGAUCCACCUAGGGUAAAUGGUGGCACAAAUGAAGAAAAUGGUGAAGAACUGGAUGAAGUUAACAACGAUCAGCAGCAUCAAGAGAAAGACAAAGAGAUAACAUUAGCAAAAGGUGAUGGUGAUGGUGACGGUCCAAAGGAGGAUGAAUCAGAUCCUCAAAGACCACCAAGGCCUGAAGUAAAAAUCACUAGUCCACAGGAAAAUGAUAACAAUGAACAAAACAAGGAGUAUGCUGCUGUGGCAUAGAUGCUUAAAAUGUGGAUUAUAAGAAAAAUUAAGGGUUUUAUAUGAUACUUGAAUUCUAAACACUAUUAUUUGUGGUUGUUACACAUAGUGUGGCAAUAUGGUUGAAUACUACCUGUAGAAUUUCAAAAUUACAAUGAAGAAUGGAAAGAAUAAUCACAUUAUAUUAUCUAUUUCCCCAGCUGGUAUUUUUUUUAAAGCCAUCUGAAAGAGUUAAAUGUAAAAAAUUUGGGUGGAGCUUGUCUUGGAAGAAAAUUAACUCUUACUUUCUUCUUUGUAGGAUGAAUUUUAAUGUGCCCCAUCUAGAAUUUUAGUAGUAAGAUUGUUAGAUGGCAGAAUAUUUUUGAAAGUCUUAUUUAAAAAGGCACAGAAUAUUUUGUGAAUUUUAAUGGAAAAUGUAUGUAAUAUUCCUUAGGAUAAUAAACUUUAGAAAGUAUGAGUUGCAAUUCAUUUUUAGAUAUGUAAUUUCAAGAUGUCAUUAAAAAUCAAGUAUUCUUGCUAGAUGCUUACAUUUCCUUUCUCUCUCUCCAGCCAAAAUAUCUGUUACCUUUCUGAUAUACCAAGCCGAGAUGUUUAUUUUGCAAAUAGCAGACUUAUCAGAGUAUUAUAAGUGUCAUACCAUACCAUAUCAUAUCACAUUAUAUCACUAGGCCUCAUCCUUAUGGCCCUUUCAGGUAUUAAAGCCUUGUAGGCUAAUUGGUCCCUAGUAUAAAAGCUAGGAGGAUUUGGAAUUAAGGAAAUAAAAUUAUCUAAUUCAGCCAUCUACAUGAUUUUCAACAUCAUUGGAUCUAUAGAAAUUUUAUUCAUCUUUUAGAAUGUUUAUUCUGCUAGCCCUUAUCAGUACUUCGACUACCUCUUGUUUCAGGUUCUCAAUUAUCUGCAUGUUAGAAACAAAGUUUCCCACAAAAUACAGAUUCUCAGAAAACCAAGGGAAAAGACAAAGAAGGUAUAUAAAAAUAUUUUCCCCACUGCCCAGUUUUAUUAGGUUUGCUAUAUAGUUCCCACUGGAAAAAAAUAAAAUUUGACAGCUAGAUGGGACCUUAGAGAUUAGUUGGUCCAACUCCACAUUUCAGGUGAGGAAAUUAUGGCAAAGAGUAGAAAAGUGGCUUGCCUGAAGACUGUAUGACUAGUUAGUGACAGGACUAGAAAACAAAUCCACUGACUUUCUAUUAUACUAUUAUUUCUAUUAGGUAUUGACCCUAAUUGCUUUGUGUCUCAGUUUAUUUCCACAAAUGGGUCAAUUAAAGUUUCAAGUGAAAAAAAAAGGAAAAACAACUUUCCUAUUCUAGUUAUGAGUAAUAUUUGCUACUUUAAAUCUUCAAAAUAUCAAACUGUUAAGAGAAAAAUUUUGGGUGGAAAUGCUAGAACAUUAAUGAAACCUAUUUCUGAUUAACCUCUCACCUUAACUUUUGUUUGGUUAGUAACUGAAUGUGAAAUAAUCAGAAAUUAUAUAGUCCAGUUGGUCUCAAAAUUGCAUUUACUUUGAUAGAUAUUUAGAAAAAAUAUAUUGCCAUUGUUUUUUGAAUGAGGAGUAAUGCUACUGUGCUAAUAGAAAUAAUGCAUUUUUCUUAUAUGAGUAUUUUCAUUAAUUAGACAUAGGCAAUGGAUGAAAUUUUACUUCUUGGAUACAACUGUUGUUAUAACUGUUGCAUCUUAUGGUUGUAAGUGCCUUUAAUUGGUUAAUCAAUAAAUCAUUCAUUCAUUCAUCCCACCAAGGAAUACUUGUUAAAUACCUAUUGUAUGUGUAAAGCAUUGUACUAGGCAUGAAAGAAAGGAGGUAUAAAAACCAGGUAAGAUACUAUCCCUGCCUUUAUGAAGCUUAGGAUAAGAAAUACAGAUCACCAUAAUACCUAAUAUUACAUAGAUCCAUAUAUUUAAAUAGUUUCAAAAGAAAGUGCUGUGUGAACUCUGAGGUUGAAGAGAUGGUUGGAAAGUCAGGGGAUGCCAGAUUGUGGAAGAUCUUGAAUGCCAGGGAAAGGAAUUUGACCUUUAUCAGUAGACAAUAGGAAGCCUCUGAGGAAGAUCAGCUGUAUGUGUUGAAAGGAUUAUUCUAUUAAUAAAAAGGAUGAAUUGCUGGAUGGAGAAAGGAUGAAGUCAGGAAGACCUGCUAGGAGCCCUUUGCAAUAGUACUUUAGGAUGGUAAUGGGGGAAAUCUAUUUUAUGAGGAUGUUAAUGGAAAUAGAGUAGGAGACAAGUGAGAGCAAUGUUUUGGGGGGAAGAAUCGAAGAAUACACAAAACUAGUAACUGAUUUGAUGAAUAUUGAGGAAGAGACAAAGAUAAGGCUUAUUAUGUCCAGGUUAAAUAAUUAGUUGAAAUUUAAUUAGUUGGCACAUAUCACAAAAACUUAUCAAAGAUAUAUUUUCCCAAGUAGCUAUUUUUCAUAUUUUCUAUAAAUGAUAAAUACAAAAAAACUCUAAUAAAUUUAUCAGUAUUAGAAAGAUAUGAGGAUAUAAGGGCAUGCUAUUCUGGGAAGAAAUACAUUAAUUCUUAAAUAUUUUUCUGAGAAAAUAUAAGCAUAUAAUUUCUAUUUGGUCUUUAAAGAAUUAAAUAAAACUGGACAAUCAGCCUGUAUUCUUAGAAAAAUAAACAAGAUGGUAUAAUGGGCAGAAGUCCUAUAACAAUA